CAGGUGGGAGAGGUCUGCCAACAGCUGCACGCAGCCAUGAGCCAGGCACCGGUGAAAGAGAACAUCCCCUACUCCUGGGCCAGCUUGGCCUGCGUGAAGGCCCACCACUGCGCGGCCUUGGCCCACUACUUCACUGCCAUCCUCCUCAUCGACCACCAGGUGAAGCCAGGCACGGAUCUGGACCACAAGGAGAAGUGCCUGUCCCAGCUCUACGACCACAUGCCAGAGAGGCUGACACCCUUGGCCACACUGAAGAAUGAUCAGCAGCGCCGACAGCUGGGUGCAUGUCCCUCUGCACCCAGAUGUGGGUCCCACUUGGUGCCCAGCUGGUCCUGCUCACAGACAGCCACAGAGAGGUCCCUGAAGAGGGCCUGGGAGAGGGGGGUGUUCCAAGUCAUCGUGGCCACUUUGGGUUCGGAAGUCAUGAGGCACAGUCCUGAGCCUCAGAGGGCUUCCCAGGCUGUGUUCUCAUGGGGUCCAUAG